AUGUAAAAACAUAGGUCUCACGGUUGUUGAAAGAGUCAAAAUCAUAAUUUUUGCGUACACAACAUCACUGUUUACAGUAACUGGCACAACAACUGCUUGAAUACUCAAAGGGUUUUUUUUUUUUAAAAACUUCAAUAUUUCACGCCAUCGACUCGAGUCGUGGUCAUUCUUUAAAACUUCGUUAUGUCUAAAACAACACUCGCUAUAAGUUCAAACUCAGCGUUUACUAAGCCGGUACCUUGCUCCGACUUUUCUUUUAGUGUUGAUUCUUUGGUAGCGAACACGAAAGAAGACCAAGGAAGGAUGCUGGAGAGAACGGAAACAGAAACGUCACUUCCAAAGAACUUGACGAGCCCUAGUUCUUUCAGUAUGGAAAAUAUUCUGGCAAAACCUAGCAGUAGGCCUAUGUCGACGGGACACAGACACUCAUCUUCGUCAGAAGAUGACGGGCCCGUUUCUCCAACUUCAAACAGUACUAGCAGUAGUUAUCAUUGGGAUAACAACAAUUCAGGUUUCUCGUGGCUCCAGUCGGCAACCUUUUCACCAUCUUCGCAUCAUGUACAGAGUAAGUAAAUCUAUUGCUAUAUAUAAAGGCUUAAUA